CUGAAGGUUAGAUAAUUAGGAUUUCUGGAGCAUAAAGCUGGCAUCGCAUCUAGAGUUGCCACAGUUGAGCCAUUUCUCUACACACGAUGUCUUCACAAGUGCUUAGAACUUUAAUUACAUUCUUCUGUGUAAGCAUGGUAUCGUGCACAAUUCCUAUUUGCCCUCUACAUCACUUGAAAGCGAAAUUGCGGCACCAGGCACUAGCCUCAAAACUCGCCCUGCAUAAAAAGCCGCUGCUGAAACCGACACUCUUGCACCCAAUCAAGCCGCCAAUCAAACCUCUUGGCCACGCGGUCAUACCAAAAUUGCUGGUGGGCGCACGUCUCUUGCCUGUAGCCAAUUUUGUCAAAAAUUUGGCCACCUUAGUCGAUCCUUUGCACCUGAGCAAAAUCCCAGUGUCCGCCAGGGCAAAGAAGCCCACCCUUCUAGGGCCCUUGAAAAAACCAGCUGCCAUCGGAGCUUCAUUGAGGCAGUUUAAUCGAGUGAAGGACAAUUCUCGUUCUUUUUCCAAAGAAAGGGUUGAUGGGGACUCAUCCCUUUCAGACUCUCGCAGUCACUGGGUUCAUACGCUGAGAGAAAAUAUUCCGCCUGCCGACCGCGCAAGACACAUAUCAAGAAGUUUAAUGUCCAGAGCGUUCAGAUCGUUCAUUAACCACGACGAACACACCCUCGAAAACCUGGCCCCCGUAAUGCAGCCGCUGCACCACUUCCUCAGCACGGCCGGCAGCCUGAUUUUACCUCACCCCGAGGAGGACAUUGGCCACCCUGUCGAGCCGUUACUCAUUCAUAGCUGGCCAAACGUUCCUCCCUUGCACUGAAAAAUAAUUCAUUGAUAUUAACAAAUAAAAUUAGUAACAUUUUAAAGAGAAAUUUUUGAAUCUUUCCAAAGAAAAAUUUACGAAUGCACCUUUUAAUUACCAUUAUAGUAUCAUUUUCGAUACUUGAAAGGCAGAUGUUAUGCACCAUGCCAGACAUGCAAGUAAUGCAGGUUGCAUACAUUUUCUUCAUAUUAUCUGUAUAUUUUCUCCAUAUUAUUCUGCAGGCUUAAAAAUUAGACGAAUAUGAAAGAAAUAUUU